AUGAUCCGUGUUUGUCAGUCCCCCCCUCGCACUUCAGUACCACGUGACUUAAACUGUACUCAGUUACGAACUCGGCAUUGCCGUCUGCAGCAAGUCGCUGCGCAGGACGUAGACCGUCGGAGUUGCAGUCGGAGGCGUGCGACAGUUGCGGCGAGGGGACCCAGCAAAGGACAAGUAUUGCAGUUAUUGCUUGAUCAGGACUUUAAGUGGAAGACAGCCAACAGCCACAUCUUCUGGAGACAGACUUUGUUGCACGAUAUCCGUGGGAGACUUGCGGUCGUGUACAGGUCCACCACCAACCAUGCAGUCCACAGACACACCCGACACCACGCUGCACGCCGUGGGCACUUCUGCCUUUGUUGGUCUCGUGGUCGCAGGCCUGUGGUGGGCUUGUGGUCGUUGUCAUCGCAGCCUGCUGCUGGAGGCCAGACUCUGCGCGGACACAGAAUCCGUGUACCGGUUUCUGAGCGACCCCAAGAACCUGAAGAUCAUUCACCCAACGACAGAGACGUGAAGGUUCAACACGGCGAGAGCAGACCUGAGAGCACCCUGGACUUUGUUUGGGUGGAAAACACAGGCCUUCGCUUCACAACGAAAUCUUUGAUGAGUAUGAGGAGGAACAAUGAGACAAAGACUGUGUGCAUCAGCAACAACAUCAAUCUCUUCAAACUCAGGCUCGACUGGGUGCUGGAAGAGGACACCAAAGCAUCACGUGGAGACCAGUCUCAAAUGGGCGCCAGUGAGGAGGACACAGGUCACGUGACAACAGUGUUCCACAACACAGUCACCAUGUCGGGGCCCAGGCUUUUGGUGCUCAUCUUCUGGACUCCAGUUUCCAACUUGGAAAGGCAGCUCAUGCGAAAUGUUCAGAAACUGUUUGGUGAUUAACUUCCUCUGUUCUCUAUUUUUUUCUUCUCUCUCUCACACACACACCUUUCACCACUCCUCACCCCCGGAAAGCUUUCCUAGCAAAUCCCACUAACCACGACUUUUUGUGACAAUAUUAUGGAUCACGUCUGGAAUCCGGUAUAGGAGAGAGGUCACAGGACAGAACUGUGGACUUAAAAUAUGAGGACAGUGAUUUUGGUGCACGGCAUUUCCACACCACGCAGUAUUGUAAUACAAAUGACAAGAGAUGUUACAUGGAUCCAAUUUUGUGAGCAGCUCUUUUUUUAAAGGUUAUUCUCGAGUUCUUGUUGCUUCUUUCAUUUUCUUCAUACUCUUCUUCCAUGAUAUUUUUGUUUGUGUGUCAAAGUUUAACGAUCUCGAAUCUGUGACUGACAUUUGAAAAUGGUUUGUGUUCAUCUAAGACUGGACUUCGCAAUGAAAGCACUGAUUGAAACUCGAUCUGACGAGGAGACCUAGUUCGCCAUAUACUUCGAUCGUUAAUAUUGUAUUGAUUGUCGUACGAUGGAUAUUUGAGCUAGAUGUCUCUCAAAUUCAGUCUUUAUGUUUGCGUGAGUGCACGUGCUCACGAUGGUGUCCAUCGCUGUAACUCAGUAUAUGCGUGUGUUUGCACGCGUGCGUGUCUCUGGGUGCGUGCGGCACCACAAUACUCAUAUGACUAUGUACAGAUUGCACAGUAUUAUAACAAAACAUCCAGCCAGGCCGUGUGAUUGCAACUCGACGACUACAAUGAUGACAAAGACGGUUCUGGUGACGACUAUUCGGUGGUGGUGGUGUUGGUGGAUGUGGUGGUAAGCGCCCCAAGUCAGUCUGCCUUUUUGUCAAAAUGUCCCUUAUGAGGGAUAUAUAUUAUCCAUGUUCCGUCAACAGCACGUGCUGCACCAGCAAGAAUCGUCAUUUAAUAUUGCUUUGUUAAAUUUUGCUUUCAAUAAAUCUUUGAAAAGAUUGAUUCCUUUUCACUGUGACAACU